AUGUCUCUCAGCAAACUGGUGGACGACUCGCGUCCGUCUCUCGACGACGCCGUCGGGGUCAUCGUCAACGACUAUGUCAAUUGCGCCACCCGCACCCAGUACGAGCUCGUCGAGGUUCAACACGAACGUAACAUGUUUCGACGCGCUCGCGGCGUCGACAAAUUCUCGCGAAUUUGCCGAUUCGUGAAAGUCGUCUCGCGCUUCACCUACUACUCGCUGAAAACGCCAAAUCUCGCCAAUCGGUUGGCGUCGAUUCAAGAGAAAUUCGGCGAAGCCGGCGUGUUCACUGAGUUGUGGCGCGUCGCCAUUGGCGACGUCGCAACGCGUUCCGCCAUCAUGCGCUACGCGUGUAAACGCCUUCACGAUAAUGGCGGCGAUUGCAGACAACUCGUUGGCGACGACGUCGGCGUGAUGGUGAAGGCGUUGUGCGCCAUCGCCGACACCAGCGACCUUCGCCAUACGCUCUACUUCGCCACGUGCUUCUGCUUCAAGAAGCGCUCGCUGGCCGACGAUGAGUUCGUCGCGCUUCUCCGUCGCCUCCUCUUCAUCGCCAUCGAGCAGCGUCCGAAGCACACCGGACGCCUCAUCGGCUGGCUGACCGGCUCCACCGACGACCUCAACUACUUCAUCACCUACGCCGAGCCGUGCGUUCUCGCCGCCAUCGUCGACGUCCUCGAGACGGACACCUACGAGGUGCCCAACAACGCUGGAAUGCCAUGGGAGAGUCCGGCGAUGGAGGUGGUGUUCGGCGAGUCGCGCGUCGCUCAACUCAUCGCCGGACUCAUGGCGGAUCGUCGAAUCGGCGAGUACGUCUUCCGCAAGGUGUUCGCACGACUCCUCGACAAGGCCAACGAGAAUCGCCGCAAGUACGCGAGCGACAAGCGUCGAGAGCAUCGCCGAAAUUGCUAUGUCGAGGCGUUCGUCACGCUCUACAAGGCCACCGCCAAAAAGGUGUUCCAUACGGAGAUGAUCAAAUAUUGCAAGAGCGUCGUCAAGAAGAAUCCCGCGGAUUGGACCGACAACGACAUCGACGAUUUUGAUCAGGUGAUGUGCUUGUACAUGGACGUGUCGGACAAAGAUCCGAGCAUUGGCGAGUACGCUCCCGAGAUGCUCAGCGUCUGCUUCGACAUUGUCACCUCGCCGAUCUUGAUCCAGAAGUUCACCAACAGUCAAUUCCUGAUGACGUACGCCGUCCUGCAUCGUCUCCUUCAGCACGUCAUCGAUCAAUUCGAGCUCGGAAAAUUCGACAACCUCGUGGGAAGUCUCGCCGAGGAGAUCCGCAACAAGACAAUUCGGGCGGUCUCAUUGUCGUGCGAGACGUUCAUGGCGACGCCGGAAGAGCGCUUCCGAAAAGCCAUCGACAUGUCGGCGUGCCUCUUCGAGAAGGUCUCCUAUAUCUCGCUUCGCUAUCCGGCCGGCGAGCAAGUCGACGAACGUGACGGCGCUUCGGAAUGGCUUCAGAAGAUCUUGAAGGUGAUCGACAUUCCCGAUUGGAUCGAGAAGAUGCGCGAGGAAUCGUCGGAAUUGACGAUGCUGACUCGUUCAUUGCUCGUCGAUCUCGUCGUGCGAUUCCAUUUGGAGUUCACCAACACCACCGAGGACAAUGCUCGCUAUCCAUACUAUCUCGAGAAGACGAUCAUCACCGAAGCCGACAUGAAGCAGCUCGACGAGUUGAGACUCGAUGAAUGCGGCGCGAUACUCGCGCGAACCGCCGAACAUCCGAACGAUUAUCUCAAGAUCGUCCAUCAGAUCAAAAUGCGACAAAUGCGAAUGAAGGUGCUCGUGUUCACCCGCGACGAGUACGAUGAGCUCGAGCGCAAAAACGAGGCGUCGCUGAAGGCGAACGAGGCGCGAUUCGCCGAGUCGGCCGCCGAAGAUCCACUGGCCCGUCGACUUCUCGCCUAUCUCGAAUAA